UCCAAAGCACCCCCACACUCUCCACAUAAGAACGCACAGAGCAAAAAGAGGAAACACCCCGAAACGCACAACAUUACAUAACGGCUACAAAGACUAAUAGAAACACCCACACAUAUACACUGCAAAAGGAGAACGCCCCGAAAUACACGAACACAGAAAAACUGAUGUUGACUGUUUUGUUAGCUGGGAAAUGGUAGAAAUGGAAGGGCCGUCAAGUGCUAGGCCACCACAGAUUUCCGAGAUGUUCCAGAAAUUUGCUCUGGCUUUCAAGGCCAAAACUUUCGAGCUUUUCGCGGAGGAGGGAGACGACCCCACAACCACAACAGCCGCCGAGGGCGACGUUUUCACUCUUUUGGACUCAGCUGAAGAGUUCAUCCCUGACCAAAAAGUUGUGGUUUUGAAGCCUGACCCUACAUUUUCACCUGAAAUUAACCGAACCCAUUUGGUCCAAACCUUAAUUUCAUCAAUCUUUGCCACGAUUUCAUCCUUUGAGGCCUCCUACUUAAAUUUCCAAGCCGCCCAUGUGCCUAAAAUUGACCAAGAUGGCCUUGAGUCUGCAGAUAAGACUUUGGUUUCGAUUCUUCAGAAAUUGACUGAUUUGAGGAACGUUUACAGGGAUUUCAGGAAGAACCCAGGUGGGAGUUUUGAGGCACCAGCGGGUUCGUUUUUGGAAUUUCAGGUGCAGGAGAAUCAGAGCAAGCUCAGAGCCUUGGAGACUAUGGUAAAUCAGUUAAUUUCUGAUAUUGAAUGUAAAGAUGAUCAAGUUUUGAAUUUGAGGAAAAAUUUGGAUAAAAUGGUUGUUUUCAAUUCGAAUUUACAGAAAAGAUUUGUGGCAAAAAAUGAACAAUUGAAUAAUGGAACGGAAGUUUUAUUGACAGUUCGCGUAUUUGAGUCUAUGUUAAGGGAUUGUGUCAAGUCAUUGCAUUGUUUCAGUAAGCUGUUGAUUGAUUUGAUGAGAAAAGCAGGGUGGGACUUGACAAUGGCUGCAAAUUCGGUGUAUUCUAAUGUUGAUUAUGCCAAAGAAGGUCAUUAUAAGUAUGCGUUUUUAUCAUAUAUAUCAUUGGGAAUGUUCAGGGGUUUUGAUUUGGAUGAUUUCUUGUUGAAUGGAAAUGAAAUUGUGUGCAAUGGAAAUAACUCGAUUCCUAGUAAGGAUGGUUGUUUGAAGCAAUUAAUUCAGCAUGUUUCGAGCAAUCCUAUGGAGGUACUAGGGAAGAACUCGAAAUGUGAUUUUUCAAGAUUUUGCGAACAGAAGUAUGACCAGUUGAUUCAUCCCACAAUGGAGUCAUCGGUUUUUAGAAAUUUUGACAGGAAGGAAGCGGUUUUGGAUUCAUGGAAAUCAUUGAGCGUUUUCUACGAGUCAUUUGUUAGGAUGGCUAGCUCAACAUGGUUGCUACACAAGCUAGCGUAUUCGUUUGAUCCCAUUGUGGAGAUAUUUCAAGUGGAGAGAGGUGUAGAUUUUUCGAUGGUGUACAUGGAAGAUGUCACACAAAAAACUAGUCCAUCAGGGAAAUCUAGACGAAAGGUUGCUUUCACUGUUGUACCAGGAUUUAAAGUUGGGAGGACAGUCGUCCAAUCUCAAGUUUAUCUAACUGGAACCAGUUGUACAGAGUAGUAAAAUGCCUCUAGAGAAAGGAAAUCCAUGUCUUCAAGGUUGUCUGGGACUGACACAUGGUAAGAGCUGUCAGUUUUAUUGGUGAAGCUCUUGAUCCUGAACUCUUCAUAGUUCAAGUUUGAAUCUCUUGCAGCCUGUGCUAAAGGAGGACUCUAGUGGUAUACAUGUGAAAGAGGACCAUAGCUGCCUGUUUGUCAUGGUUAACUGGCUAUUUUGCAAAUAUUUGCUCUGCCCAGAGGCGUUUGCUUGUUUAGAGGUCUUCUUCCUUCGUUACUAGUGGUUGUGUCCAGUUCUUGUAGAUGUAGAUGUAAAGAAAUUGUUUUUCUUUUAUCAUAUUAGAUCAGUUAAUGUGUUUCUUUUUUUCAGUUGAAGGUUUUUGGGUGGGAGGAGACUGACAUACACAUCCAACUUGUAUAUAACUUUCUUGUUAUGAAAGAUGGUAUAGUGAUUGAACUGUU